UUGUAUUUGUAUUGUUGACUCAUAUUUCAACACAGCUGUUCUCUGUACAUUUUCGCAAGUUUAUUUACAUGUCCAUAUAAAUGUAAUAAAAAAUCAAACUAAAGAGGGAAAAUAUGAAGUCAGGAUCAUUUAGGAGCACACAAUGGGAUCCCGUUUUGUUGGUGUCACAAAUAAUCUCAUUACAAUUUUGCAUAUAUUUUACGCUGGGAUUGUUGGUAUGUAUAGCCAAUCUGCUAGCUGAAGACAAUUACAGGCUGGAUAAUAUAUUCGAAUACCAUGAAAUUCAUGUUUCUGACUUGGGUGGACGACUGAUCAUUUGUGCUUUUGUCACAAAUUCUUUCGUGGCAUCUUUAGCCCUAUGGUGUAUCGUAAGAAGAGCAAAAUUGUGCUUGGAUUUUAGUUGCACUUUUCAUUUCUUCCAUCUAUUGAUUUGUUGGUGGUACAACAGUGCGUUCCCUUCGAAUAUGUCUUGGUGGCUAUUGAAUGCCACCACCGCCACUAUAAUGUGUAUUGGUGGUGAAUUUUUAUGUUUAAAAUCCGAACUUAAAGAGAUUCCCGUAGGUUAUUCAGCUUUAAAUCAAAAAUCCGAUGUAUAAUUUAAUGAAAUGGUCAUACAAUUUAGGAAGCUGUUAUGUUUAAUUUAAUUUGUAUAUGUUUAAGUUAUAAUAUAUAAGAAAAAACAAUAUAUUUUAUGUACUUCGA